UUACCUUGUAUUGCCAUAUUGGCUUAUUAUUAUAUACUCUUCUAAAUUUUUUUCCUUCUUCUUCUAAAAAAAACAAAAAAAAAAUUGAGUUAAUUUGUAUCCGUGCGAUAGAGGAAGUAUACCUUCAUUCAUCCGUAGCUUGACCCUGAAGAACGAAGGGGUCCAUCCCAAUUCUCAACCCAAACCAAAACGACCGUCGUUUUUGUCUUUUGGUUCAACCCAGCUGCGAUCAUAACAAACACCGGUGAUGGUUCAUCAAAACGACAACGACGACAGCAGCACCGCCACCUUCCACCAUCUCGUGUAGCGGACAACGACAAUCGGCGAUUGAAUUGUUCUUCUACUUCUUCCGCGGGGAUGAUGUCGAACCUGUACGGCGAAUACAACCAGAAGAUCGACUACGUGUUCAAGGUGGUGCUGAUCGGAGACUCUGCGGUGGGGAAGACGCAGCUCCUCGCUCGCUUCGCCAAGAACCAAUUCAGCGUCGAUUCCAAAGCCACCAUCGGCGUUGAGUUUCAGACCAAAACGCUCAUCAUCGACAACAAGACCGUCAAGGCCCAAAUAUGGGACACCGCCGGCCAAGAAAGGUACAGGGCAGUUACUAGUGCAUAUUAUCGCGGUGCUGUUGGAGCAAUGUUAGUUUAUGACAUGACUAAACGCCAAUCAUUUGAUAACAUGGCAAAAUGGUUAGAGGAACUGAGAGGCCAUGCUGACAAAAACAUUGUUGUGAUGCUAAUUGGCAACAAGUGUGAUCUUGGAACUCUUAGAGCGGUGCCAACUGAAGACGCGGAGGAGUUUGCGCAAAGAGAGAACCUAUUCUUUAUGGAGACAUCAGCACUUGAGUCCACUAAUGUAGAAACUGCCUUUCUGACCAUUCUAACUGAGAUAUACAGACUUAUAAGCAAGAAAACACUUACUGCCAAUGAUGAUGCAGAUCCAAGUGGUAUUUCAGGGCUUCUGAAGGGAACCAAGAUAAUUGUUCCUAGUCAAGAAAUCAAUGCUGGUGAAAAGAAGGGUAAGGGUGGCUGUUGUUGAUGUUCCUAGCUUUUUCUUGUUUUCACUAAUCUUUGGAAGCAUUUUGCUUCCCCCAGCUCCGCCUACGUGUAACGUUUGUAGAGAGGGUAGUUACUUUUCUUGGUCAUGCCAUAAGCAAAAUGUAGGCUAUAUUUAUUUACUACUGUGCUUGUUGAUUGCAAGCAUAUACACAGUUUUUCUUCUGUUUUGGCCCUUUCUCUAGCUUUAGGAUUUCAAUUUGUUAAUACAAACUCCCGAUUGUGAAGGGAUGGUUCAGUUCAGAUAGAGGAAUCACUUGAUGCAAUUGUUUUUGGCCUGUAGUUAAAAUUUUUUAGUAUUAAUAUGGUCUUUUGAUGUGAGACAUUUAUUACAGGAAUGGGAUAGACAGUCUUGGACACUUGCUUGUUA